AUCUCGUUAUUUGUGUAUGAAAUAACAGAAAAAUAGCUUCCAAUAUCACCUUAUUGAAAUGAGAUAGACUAGCCCAAAUUAAAUUCUAAGCUGGUAUGGCCAUGAACCUGAACAUUGUUGUGGUUAAAAAUGACAUUAAAUAAACGAGGGAGACGUAGUAUGAGUAAUAUGUAGUUUAUUGAUAAUUCACAGGACUGGUGGGUGCGUAAUCUUGAGGAGAGCGGUGGGGGGAAGAAAAUGGGGUGCGUCCUGGGGACAUGGGAUAGUCAGCGAAGGUGAAGUGAGAGGACCACUGAGAGUGGGGCGGACUGACAGGUGAGAAGAGGGAAGAAUGGUCGGGGCCCAGGUCAUCGAAGGUAACAUCUUCCUCAGACUGAAAGCUGGAGGGGGGUUUUGGCUGUGUAGAGGCGUCAACACACACGUUCAUGGGGCAGAUUCUGUAUCGGAGAGGGGGGGGAACCCCGCAUUUCCAUUUCCAGAGGGGGUGCUGCGAAGAAAGUUAAGUAGCACCAUGAUAUCAGCAGUGAGAUGCGCAAGCUGAUAAUGAGUGUCCAGAUCGAGAUCCAGAUCCAGAUCCAGUAAAGGGAAGAAGAAGGACUGACGAUGGGCACCUAGACACACAGAAGUGGUAUUAGGCGGAUAUUGACAAAUUGGAUUUACACUUUAAAGAUCUUUAAGAGUAAUACACUAUGGUUUAUUAGUCGAAGAGUCAAAAAGAAGUAUAAGAGCUGAGGAGCGCUAACACACACACACACUCUCGCACAGUCAAGGGUGGGCAUGUAGACAUAACACACACGCACAUAACAUUAUAACUUUAUAAGAAUAAUAAAAAGGAGUAUUAAGAUAUUAUAAGGGUAAUAUCUUAUAAUAAUAGAAAACUCUUUAUAAAAUACAGAAUAGUAGGAUAUGUAGGACAUUAUGAAGUAGGAAGUACAGUAAACCGUUUUUCAAGCAGUAUAACUAUAUAUAAAAUAGAGAUAUAGAGCAAAUAUGAAAAUAAAUUAUAAACUAGAAAUACAGGAAAAUGUAACUUACUCAUAAUUCAGAUGGUGAAGAUUCUUGUCUCGCAAGGAAGGCCUUAAUUUUAAGAGAAAACCAUGAGGAGCCAUUUAUAAGGGUAGCUGAGUCAAGCUGCCCCCCCCGCGAGAUAAUAGUAAGACCAAGGUCACUCUAGAUUGUUUUGUCUCUCCACUUUUGAUUCUAUGUGUAAUUUGAAAAGCCCUGGUUUUGAUUCUAUGUGUAAUUUGAAAACCCCUGGUUUUGAUUCUAUGUGUAAGUUGAAAAGCCCUGUUUUUUGAGCUAAUGGUAAGUGGAAUAGCCCUUUUUUAGAACAUAAUAGUAAGGUAGAUGAGCUCUUUUUUAACCCUAUUGGUAUUGAUAUCAUAGUCUUCUUGAAACAUAUGGGUUAUUUACUGUGUAAAUACAGUAUAAAUACUGGAGCUUAAGCUCAGGGUAUCAGAUCACUUCUGAGAAUUCUCAUCGGUGUGGAUCUCGUGUGGUGGAACGGAACAAUAAAUCUGGACCCUUGCUUCUUCUCACUCACGGCUGGUGACUUUUUUUCUAUCUCCAACUGGGUUCAGAGGUAGAUGUGAGUAUUGGCUUCUAUGUUAAAUUUUAAGUGUUUUUGGGUAAUAGGCUAAAUUUGAGCCAGCAUUUGGCGACCCAGAUGGGACUGGGCUAAGAUCUAUAUGUCUGGAAUCUCUCCCGUGGGACUUCACUCUCUAAGCAACAGAUAGGCCGUGUAGGAAGAAGGCAUUGCAGACGCCUGUUAUUUCAAAGCUCUGUUUUAGUGGUCUGUUGUUACGAUUGGGAAGCCCCCGGGGUGGGAAGAAAGACUAAGUUGGUCUCCAAAAGAACCUUGAGUGAGUGAGAAGAGGUAAGAGAAGUGUAGAUUGUAGAAGAGUGUAAUUUUGUAAUUGUAGGGUUCAUAAGACUGUGUAAUGAAAUUGUAUAUGUGUUGUGUGAGUGAAAGUCCUGCAAUACCGCUGGUGAAAGAUUCCAGGUCUGAGAUAGAGGCAGGUGGAUAUGAGGCCUCAAACCCCAGAUACCGGCUACUAAAGGUGUGGCGACUGCUUUAGUGGGGACCCCUAAUACCGCUGGAAAAAGAUAGAUUCCAGGUCUGGAUAGAGAGGGGAAUAAAUCCUGGGCCAAGGUCCGGGUCGCGCAAUACAGCGUGCCCGGUGUAUGAAUGGAAUGUGUAAUAACAAAUUUGUGUGCUUAUAAUAUAUGUGCUUAUAAUAUGAGUGCGGUGUGAGAGCAUGUGAGUUUUGUAGACAGGGAAAAAUGUGUUUAUUAGUGCUCCAUACCUAAAGAGAUAUGUGUGUUGGAUGAGAUUUAAAAAAUUAGUGUUGGGGAAAGUUGGAUUUAAUUUAUAUGACUGUAAGCUUCAUACAUACGGAGUUGUGUGGAGUAUGCCGGCGUUGUUGAUAGAAAGGGGGGUAUGUGUGUAUUCCUGUCUGUUCUUAUCCGCUGCGCGUCUGUAUGGAGAAAGGGAAAAAAAAAAAAAGAUGCUGUGUGUGUGCUCUUCAGAGUGAGCUUGGUAAUGCAGAGCAUUGUGAGAUAUCUUGCGGUCUUCGAAUGUUUUGAAUCCGGUACAUACUUUCGGUGAGUCGGCGAGACUGUGUGUGUUAUAAUUAAUGUGGUAUCAAUAACUGCUGUAUGAGUGUUUAAAAAAAUUGGGGAGCAUGUACGAACAUGGUAAAUAUUCUAGACAGCUAGCAGACUGCCCAUUGUGUAAAUAAGAACUACUAGACCUGUUAACAUAUUCCCAGAUUUUGUGAUCCAGGAAAAGGAAGACUGAAGGUGGGGAAAAAGUGUGUAUUGUCAGGCCAUUAUUGAGAAAUGACUGCCACAGGGCCUACACAGAUGAUGUCCCCAACUCAGGACGGGGAGAGCAGCCAGCUGCGGCAUCCACAGGAAGACAAUGGAGCCCGUAUAGUGAGGAUACAAAACUCCGCAGGAGUAAACGAAAUUUUGACCUGGAUAAAACGUGGGGCACAAAAAGAGGCGGGUACUGGGAUAUGGCGCAGUGUAGAAGGGUUGUGUAUAGCCCCAGUCAGCCUCCUCCCACCCUUGAUCAAAGAAGCCCAUGGCUUGGAUCACGCCAAUAAGGCCGAAAUUAUCCGGAAAAUCCGUCAGGAAUGGUGGUCCCCUCAGUUGGCCUCUCAGGUGGACCAAGUGUUGAACACAUGUGAUGUGUGCAUCAACUUCAACGUGCGAAAGAACCUUACCACCCCCUUAGGACAUAUUCCCCCGCCGACGGGACCGUUUCGGCAUAUAAUGAUGAAUCAUGUAGACAUGGGAGCGGACCUCCAGGUAGAAGGGAAAUGCUACCUUCUGGUGAUAGUAGACCGCUUCAGCAGGUGGUUGGAGGCGACGGCGACUUCUGAGGAGGACGCGGGGUCCGCGGCUAAAUUUUUAUGUUGCGAGGUCAUACCUCGAUUCGGUAUCCCUGAUUUUUUGAGUUCGGACAACGGCAUCCACUUCGUGAAUAACGUCCUCAAGAAUGUUGCAUCUGCCUUGGGGAUGGAUCAUAAGCUAGGUUGUGUAUAUCAUCCUGAUUCCCAGGGCAUGGUGGAUCGAGGAUACAGUACCCUAGUUCAUAAACUGGCAAAAAUAUGCGAUAACUCUCACCUAAACUGGGUCCAAGCCUUACCACUUGCAUUGAUGAAGAUACGAUCACAGACCAGUCGUAUGACGCACUUGACUGCUCAUGAAAUGCUUACUGGGCGCCCAAUGCCUAUGGCGUACACCCAAGGUCCAUACACAGGGCCGUCUGUGGCCCAAUUGGAGGGCGAAAUGCAGGAUUAUAUGCAAAUCCUCACCCAAAUCCACAGACAGUUGUAUUCACAGGUUAGAAAGGCAAUCCACGGUGGGAACGAGGUACGGGAGGAUGUACGUCAAGUGGCACCCGGGGAAAAAGUACACAUUCGUACUUUCAAGAGGAAGAGCCCCCUCGGCCCUUCACCGUGGUCGCUGCAACAGCCACGGCUGUGAAAGUUGUGGGGAGAGAUCAUUGGUAUCACUUGAACCAGUGCGUCCGCGCCGGAGCAGCUAUGGGACGGCGUGGACCCGCAACCCCAGGCCCUGCCAAUACAGGGCAGCCCACUGAGACGGAGGUGUUAACCGACAGGGACAGUGAUUCGGAUGCAUCAUCUAUGGGCCCGGCCUACGGCACUCGAGCCCAGGCUAAGCGGCGGGCUGUGGAAAUGCUAGAUAGACCGGCCCAGUCUGAUGCCAGUAGCCCAACUGGCUCUCCGCUUCUCUCCCCUCCAUA